AUGAAGCUUUCUAUUGCUAGUUUGCUUGCAGCGACUGUCCCUGCCUCCUCAUUUUCGCAGGUGCCAUUCCAAGAGACACCCGAUGUUGAAGGUUUCCAGUUGUACCAGAGUCAAUUUUCCGAACACCAUGCCAUCCGCAUCAGAGAGCAGCAAGACGACACGAUUUGCAACGCUCACGGUAAACAAUACACUGGUUGGCUAGAUGUCGGCUCAAAACAUAUAUUCUUCUGGUACUUCGAAUCACAGAGAAAGCCGUCCGAAGAUCCGCUGUUGUUAUGGUUGAGUGGAGGCCCAGGUGCGUCUGGCAUGCUUGGAAUGAUGGGUGAGUUGGGACCAUGUAUGAUCAAUGAACACGGCAAUGGCACUGUCUUCAACGAAUAUGGGUGGAGCAAGAAUGCCAACAUCAUCUUCGUCGAUCAGCCGGCUGGUGUAGGCUUCAGCUAUGUUGACCCAGGCGUCCCGCUUCCGGCUACGAGCUUUACAGCAGCUGAAGACAUGCAUCAUUUCCUGCAGCUAUUCACCAGCGAAGUCUUCCCAAGUCUUUCCGGAAGAGACUUCCAUAUUACUGGCGAAAGCUAUGCUGGCCACUAUGUUCCAGCACUUGGCGCGCAGAUUGUGUCUCAGAACCUCCUGUACCCAAAGCGACCGCAAGUCAACCUCAAAUCAACUUUCACCGGCAAUGCAUAUGUCUCGCCCAAGGACACUACUUUUGGCUACUGGGAGACCCUUUGCACAACGAAUCCCGGUGUUGAGAGCCCCGUGUUCAAUCAGACACGCUGCGAUAUCAUGGCAGCAAACUUACCUCGCUGCAUGGAGCUCACCCAAAUCUGUUACGACCAUCCGGAUCCAGCCAUAUGCAUCGCUGCUGAGACAGUUUGUGACGAGGGGGUCAUCCAAUACUACGACGGCGAGUCUGGCGAAGGUGGUCGCAAUCGCUACGACAUCACAGACGGGUGUGAGACGAAGGACGAAUUGUGCUACCCUGAAAUCCCGAGGAUACAAAAGUAUCUCAAUCUUCCAUCGGUUCGACAAGCUCUUAACGUGCCUAAAGCUGCGGGCAACUAUUCGGUCCUAUCUCUGGAUAUUACAUGGGCCUUUGCUCUGACUGGAGAUGGUGUUCAGAGCACGCAGCCACAGGUUUUGUACCUCCUUGAGCAUGGUAUCGACGUGCUUUUCUAUCAAGGUAAUCUUGAUCUUGCGUGUAAUACUGCGGGUAAUCUGCAGUGGGCCAACACGAUGCAAUGGAAAGGCCAGCCAGCGUUUGUUGCGCAGCCGAAGAGAGCGUGGAAGAAUGACGGAGAAGAAGUAGGGUGGUUCAAGGAGGUAAAGACCAAAACUGCGAGCGGUAGAGAAACGACCUUUGCUUUUACAACGGUAGACAGAGCGGGGCAUCUUGUUCCAUUUGACAAGCCCAAGGAAGCGUUGGCACUCGUGGACAGGUGGUUGGACAAGCGGAGCUUUGCCUGA